UGCGUGCGGCGCCCGCCCCACCAUGCUCCUCUACCGCAGCGCCGCGUGGUUCGCCAAAGGGCUGCGCGACUACACCACGAGACUCUUCCCAGAUCCUUACGGGCAUCUCUUCUGUGGCUCUGCUGCUUCCAGGAGUGGCUAUGAAUCUGCAUCCAAGGACUUUGUCCCUGAAGACUUGGAGGUCCAAGUCCCUGGAAGAGCCUUCAUGGUCACCGGGGGGAACAGCGGCAUUGGAAAAGCAACUGCCACCGAGAUCGCCAAGCGAGGUGGCACAGUUCACCUGGUUUGUCGAGAUCAGAACCGAGCGGAAGGUGCCAGAGGUGAGAUCAUCCGGGAGACCGGGAACCAGAACAUCUUUCUGCACAUUGUGGAUUUGUCUGAUCCCAAGACAAUCUGGAAAUUUGUUGAAAAUUUCAAGGAGGAACAUACCCUCAAUGUCCUGAUCAAUAAUGCAGGUUGCAUGGUCAAUAAGAGAGAGCUCACAGAAGAUGGACUCGAAAAAAACUUUGCUACCAAUACUCUGGGUGUGUAUGUUCUCACGACUGCCCUGAUCCCUGUGUUGGAGAAAGAACACGACCCCAGAGUGGUAACAGUCUCCUCUGGAGGAAUGCUGGUUCAGAAACUGAACACCGAUGACCUGCAGUCAGAAAGGACCGCGUUCGACGGCACCAUGGUCUAUGCACAAAACAAAAGGCAGCAGGUGGUUCUGACGGAGCAGUGGGCCCGGGCGCACCCGGCCAUCCACUUCUCGUGCAUGCAUCCCGGCUGGGUGGACACCCCAGGUGUGCGGCUGUCGAUGCCCGGGUUCCACGCCAGGCUGGGGGCCAGGCUGCGCUCCGAGGCGCAGGGCGCGGACACAGUGUUGUGGCUGGCCCUCGCCCCCACCGCCACCGCGCAGCCCAGCGGCCGCUUCUUCCAAGAUCGGAAACCAGUGCCUACACACUUGCCUCUUGCUCGGACAUCGUCCUCACCAGCCGAAGAGGAGAAACUAAUUGAAAUCCUGGAAGAGCUGGCUCAGAGAUUUAAAUAGGCCAGGCCAGACCCAAUGCAGGGUUAGAAUUGCCUCAGAAAAUAUGGGAAGGUGUGGACCAGGGGCCAGUGAGCAGACCCACUUCUAGAUGGCCCCGUAGAUUGGCCCAUGUUCCACUGCUAUGGUUUGAGCUGGUUUCCUCGCCAUCUACAGUGAUAGAAGUUAGCCCCAUUCUUUAUACAAAGCCUAGUAUUGAAGACGACCCACCACCACUUCACUGUGGGACCACAGGCAGGCUCCUUACCCUCUGGGGGCCUCAUUUUCCCUGCGAGUGGAGAUUAUAGUGCUGCCUACUUCAUGGGGUGAGUUACUACUUGUCAUCCAGUUAGAAGAAUGCUUGGUGCGUCAUCAAGACUCUAUAUGUUAGCUGUUAACAUCAGCAUUUAACUGAUAAGUGUGCUAAAAUUCAUGAAAAAAAAAAUCCCCCUAAAGAUUACCCCCUGUAACAAUGAGGAGCCCAUGCAGAAUGGGAACUUUUUGUUUUUUCAGUUGAGAAAUAAAAUUUAUUAAUGAGUU